UCGCUGGAGAGAAGAUAUGCUUUAUUAUGGACGAGUCCAAUGUCCUUGACUCUGGCUUCUUGGAGAGGAUGAACACAUUGUUAGCUAACGCCGAAGUCCCGGGUCUCUUCGAAGGUGACGAACACUCGGCGCUAAUGACUGCCUGUAAAGAAGGCUCUCAGCGGGAUGGCCUCAUGUUGGAUUCUCACGAGGAGUUAUAUAGAUGGUUUACACAGCAAGUUGCCAAGAAUCUACACGUUGUCUUCACUAUGAACCCGCCAGAAAACGGACUUGCCUCCCGCGCAGCCACUUCCCCGGCUCUUUUCAACCGUUGCGUAUUGGACUGGUUCGGUGACUGGCCAGACCAAGCCUUCUUCCAAGUAGGGCUCGAGCUUACACACACAUUGGACCUGGACCUCCCUUCAUACACCCCUCCUCUCAUAUUCCCUGUGGCAUAUCGCCAGUUGUCUCUCCCACCGACUCAUCGAAAUGCCGUCGUCAACGCGUUCGUUCAUGUUCAUCAAACACUCUACAAUAUAAAUGCUCGCAUUAGUAAGAGGCAAGGCCGCAUUUCUCACUAUGUCCGCUUAUAUGGCGAAAAGCGCGAUGAGCUCGAAGAGCAACAGCGUCACUUGCAUGUAGGACUGGAUAAGCUACGUGAUACUGUGACCCAAGUCGAGGAGCUGAGGAAGAGUCUGGCUAUCAAACGAACACAACUUGCAGAAAAGGAUGCACAAGCCAAUGCCAAACUCAAACAGAUGGUAGCAGACCAGAAGGAGGCCGAAGAUAAAAAGGCUGCUUCUAUCCAAAUCCAAGCCGCACUUGUAGAACAAGAAAAGAGCAUCGAGGAACGACGAAUUGUGGUCACUCAAGACCUUGCAGAAGCACAACCGGCCGUCGAAAAGGCAAGGCAAGCGGUAAAUGGUAUCAAGCGACAACAUCUAGUAGAAGUUCGAUCCAUGGCCAACCCACCCGAAGCCGUCAAACUGGCCAUGGAAUCCGUUUGUACUCUCCUAGGACACAAGAUCGACUCGUGGAAAACAGUACAAGGGAUAUUAAGAAGAGACGACUUUAUACCCCGAAUCGUCAACUUCGAUACCACGAAGAGUAUGACUCCAGCACUGCGAGACCAGAUGAAUAAGGAAUUCCUCAACCGUAGCUCCUAUAAUUACGAAACUGUUUUCCGCGCCAGCAAAGCAUGCGGUCCGUUGGUAGAAUGGGUGAUGGCACAGGUUCGGUUCUCAGAAAUAUUGGACAAGAUCGAGCCCCUUCAAAAUGAGGUGCAGUCGCUGGAAAGGCAAGCUGAGAGCACCAAGCAAAAGGCAACUACCAUUAUAGACAUGAUUAGGGAGCUCGAGACGAGUAUCGAGCAAUAUAAGGGUGAAUACGCCUUGCUGAUCAGCGAAACUCAAGCUAUCAAGUCAGAGAUGGAAAGAGUGGAGAGCAAGGUGAACCGCAGUAUGACCCUGUUAGGAAGUCUCGCUUCCGAAAGAACUCGAUGGGAGGCAAGUAGCCGAACAUUCGAUGUUGAAAUGAGCACCAUUGUCGGGGACUGUCUCAUUUCUGCUGCCUUCCUUGCCUAUGGUGGUUUCUUUGAUCAACAUUACCGCGAAGUUAUGUGGUCAGAAUGGAGUGGUCACUUGACAGAGGCCGGCAUCAAGUUCAAACCAGAGCUCUCCUUCCCAGAAUACCUCUCUACAGCAGAUGAUCGCUUGAGUUGGCAGUCAAAGGCCCUCCCUUCUGAUACCCUCUGCACUGAAAACGCCAUUAUGUUGAAGCGUUUCAAUCGUUAUCCUCUCAUCAUCGAUCCCACCGGCCAAGCCACCACAUUCUUACUAAAUGAAUACAAGGAUCGCAAGAUUACAGUCACUAGCUUUUUGGAUGAGGCGUUUUUAAAGAACCUAGAGAGCGCCCUUCGGUUUGGAAACCCGAUUCUAAUCCAAGACGUCGAACACCUGGACCCUGUUCUAAACGCUGUACUGAACAAAGAGAUUCGACGGACUGGAG